AUGUCGCAUCGAAGCCGUGGCUGCUUGCGAUGCCGCCAGCGUAGGUGCGACCAGGGCCGCCCUUCAUGUCAAAGAUGCGUCACACGAAGCGAGCCCUGUGUGGGCUACAGAGAUGAGCUUGAUCUUUGUUUUCAAGACCAGACUCAACAAACUGUUCAAAAGAUUGGUUUGGUAUCUCAGCAAUUCAACGAGAAGACUUGUCCGAUUCCAUCGCGGAAUCAUCGUGCCCGGAGCAGGUCUCUCGAUAGGAUCAAGGCUCGUCCAGUACAACAUCACACAGCCCUGGCUUCACCGCAGCUUUAUGGCGGUGGUCAUAAUGAAGAGCUGAAAGACGAAGCCGUUUCUACCUUUCUCGACAACUAUGUACUCUAUCCGUGCAAUGAAUCCUCAUCUCCUGGAUUCCUUGAGCACUUACCAGGCCUCUUCAAGGAAGUCAAUGUCAGUGGUCGGCUUGCCUUGCGAUGGGCUGUGGAGGCCGCUUCGCUGGCAGAUCAUUCUUGCAGGAAGAAUGACGCGGAUUCAGCGCGCAAGGCUCUUCAACAAUACAGCCAGAGCCUAAAUGCACUGGGCAAGUCUCUGUCCAAGAAUGGCAAAGAACCAGACGACUAUGAUUUGAUGACGGUCGUGGUUCUUGACAUAUUUGAGGCAAGUUGA